UUUUUAGAGUACGUCAUGUCGUUGUAAUGUCGUUUUCGUUUUGUGAGAUUUAAUAAUUUUUGUUUUACUCGAUUUACAUUCGAAGAAAAACAUUGAAGUUGGAGUUAUUGAAUUACACGUUAUACGAUAAGUAUUAAUAAUAGUUUAAAAUGGCCGAUACUGAAGAAUACAAUCAGCAAAGACCGAUGAAGUCAAGCAAGCAGCAUAACGUAUUACCGAUUUGGGGUAACGAACAAACUAUGAAUCUGAACCCUUUAAUCUUAGCGAAUAUUCAAGGUUCUAGCUACUUCAAAGUGCAUCUGUUCAAGUUGAAGACAUACCAUGAGGUGGUAGAUGAGAUCUACUACCAGGUGAAGCAUUUGGAGCCCUGGGAGCGUGGCAGUCGCAAGACGGCGGGCCAGACUGGCAUGUGUGGCGGCGUCCGAGGUGUGGGUGCAGGUGGUAUAGUGUCCACAGCGUUCUGUCUGCUCUACAAGCUGUACACUCUGCGACUGACUCGCAAACAGGUCAAUGGCCUUCUGCAGCACACUGACUCGCCCUACAUUAGAGCUCUAGGUUUUAUGUACAUUCGCUACACUCAGCCACCCGCAGACCUGUUCGACUGGUACGUAGAUUAUCUGGAAGACGAGGAGGAGGUGGACCCUCGCGCCGGCGGCGGUGGCCCCACCAACAUGGGCGCGCUCGUGCGGCAGAUGCUCAUCAAGCUGGACUGGUUCAGCACGCUGUUCCCGAGGAUACCGGUUCCCAUACAGAAGCAAAUUGAGCAAAAGUUAGCAGAGCACAGCAGACUGAACAAUGCAUCGAAGCCUGCCAACUCCAACACUAACUACAACAGAGGCGGCAACAGUAACUACAAUCCGGGCAAGGUGGACAACGACCGUCGUGAACAUGACGAUAGGGACAGACGAGAUUAUGGCGAUGGGGAUAGAUAUCAAAAAGAGAGACCGGCACGACGCGAUGAUCGAGACAGAGAGCGCGACAGGGACAGAGAACGUGAACGCGAACGCGACAGAGACAGGCGCGACCGCGACAAUCGGGAUCGCGACAAUCGCGAUCGUAACCGUGAACAGACACGAUCUGGAGAUCGCUACUUCGACCGUUCCCGAGACCGCCACCGUAACCGCUCGCGAUCGAAAGAACGCCGCCAUAGAUAAUAGAAACUACUUUAUUGCUUUUGUUUAAAUUUAAAUAACAAUAAUUGAAUCUUGACAAUUAAUAAUUAAAGUUAGUAAUAAUGUU